AUGCAACAAAAUUCAUCAAAAAUAUCUUCAAUAAAAGCUAUUCAUGAUUUGGCUCGACGAAAUAAAAUAGUUGCUGAAUAUCAACUUGAAAAAGAAUCAGGUCCAGCUCAUGCAAAAAUUUAUACAGUACAACUUCAUUUAGGUGAAAAAGAAUAUGUUGGUAUUGAUCGUAGUAUUAAAUCAGCACAACGUGCUGCUGCACAAAUAGCUCUUGAAGAUCAUAAACAUUUAUUAGCAAUGAAUCAUUCUGAUAAAGUAAUAAACAAACCUCAAUCUCCAACUGUUAUUUUAAAUACUUGGGCUGCUCAACAUCAUAUUCCAACACGAUAUAUUUUAUUACAUGAACAACUUCAACCAUCAUCAAAUAAUUUAUCAUGGAAUCGUCCUCAUAUUAUAUUUUAUUAUCGUCUACAUUUAGGACAACAUUUUUAUUUUGAUGGAUAUGGUUCAUCACAUCAACAAGCUCGAAUAGAUUGUGCUUAUCAUGCUUUAAAUUUUAUACAUCAAAAUGAAAAAUUUAUUCUAGAGUCUCUAGCAUCAAAAUCAACACAAAUUCAAUCAAAAUCUCAAAUAUCACUUAUGUAUGAACGUGCUAAACAACUUGGUCUUACUGUUCAAAUUGAAUAUAAUGAACCAUUAACAAUAACAUAUCAUAUUGGUGAACAAUAUUCAACAAUUGGCACUGGUCAAACGAAAAAUGAAGCUAAACAAAUAGCAGCUGAAAAGAUGUUAGAAAUUUUACCAUUACCAACUGAAAAUGAUAAACAAAAACAAAAACAUAAUCGUAAACAUACUAAUCAACAUAAAAAAUUUAUUGAACAAAAAGGUUCAAAUAAUUAUAGUUUAUCAGAAAAAAUUAAUCCAAUAACACGUCUAUAUCAAAUAGCACGAGCACGUAAUAUAAAUAUUGAAUUUACUGAAUUAGAAAAUUCAACUAAUGAAAACAUUUUUCAUUUUCAUGUUAAAUUUGGUGAGAAUGAUUUUGCUGAUGGUUAUGGUAAAAAUAAAAAAUUAGCAAAACAAUCAGCAGCUGAAAAUUUACUUUCAAAAUUAAAUCCAGAUAUAUUAGGAUUAAUUAAUAUUUCAACAUCUUCAUCAUUACCUGUACAACCAAUAAAAAGUUUACUUAAACGUGAUGAAAAUUUAAAUAAACAACAACAACAACAACAAGAAAAAAAACAUGUUCAUUUUAUUGACGAUGAAAUAAUUCAACAUGAAAAAAAUACAAAUAAUCAUCAAUCAUCAAUAACAAUUAAACAACAAUUAAUAAAUGCAUGUCAAAAAUUAAAUAUUAAUAUUGAAUAUGAUGAUCAAACGAUUACAAAUAAUACUAAUCAAUAUGAAACAGUAUUAACUUUAUCAAAAGAUGAUCGUCUUCUUGCACAAUUUCGUGCUAAUGCUCCAUCAUUAAUACGUGCACAAGAAAAUGUAUCAUUAACUGCUUGGCAAAAUUUACAACAAUUAUUUAAUGGUUCUAUUCAAAUACCAAAAACAACAAUCAAGAAACGUUAUCGUCAAUUACAAACGCCAAUUUCUGUACAACAACAAUAA